CCGCCCCCAGCUCCUCCUCCAGGCCGGGUCUGAGGGGGCCCCGGGCGGCACCGGCGGCGACCCCGCCCUUUUCCCGGGGCGGAGCCGGGCUGCGCCGGCUGAGGCGGGGACGCGGAGGAGGCCGAAGAGGCGGAGCCGGCGGGGCCGCUUGAGUGACGGCGGCGGCCGGCCCGGCUUGGCUCGGCUCGGCUCGGAGGGGAGGCAGCAGCGCCAUGGCCCCGCUGGGGGCGGACCGAGAGGGCUACUGGGGCCCCACCACGUCCACCCUUGACUGGUGCGAGGAGAACUACGCCGUCAGUUUCUACGUGGCCGAGUUCUGGAACACACUGAGUAACCUGAUUAUGAUUCUACCUCCAAUCUGUGGUGCCAUUCAGACAGUCAGAGAUGGACUGGAAAAGCGGUACACAGCUUCCUAUUUGGCUAUUACAGUGGUAGGAUUGGGAUCGUGGUGCUUCCAUAUGACUCUGCAGUAUGAAAUGCAGCUAUUGGAUGAACUACCCAUGAUCUACAGCUGUUGUAUAUUUGUCUACUGCAUGUUUGAAAGUUUCAAGGCCAAGAACACAGUCAAUUAUCACCUGAUUUUUAUAUUAAUGCUAUUCAGCUUAAUAGUAACCACAGUUUACCUAAAAGUUAAAGAGCCUGUAUUCCACCAGGUCAUGUAUGGACUGUUGGUUUUUACUCUAGUACUGCGGUCUAUUUAUAUUGUUACAUGGGUAUAUCCAUGGCUUAGAGGACUGGGUUAUACAUCCUUAGGCAUAUUUUUAAUGGGAUUUUUCCUUUGGAAUGUAGACAACAUCUUUUGUGAGUCACUGAGGAGCUUUCGAACAAAGGUUCCACCUUUUGUGGGUGUUUUUACACAGUUACAUGCUUGGUGGCACAUUCUUACUGGCCUUGGCUCUUAUCUUCACAUCCUUUUCAGUUUAUACACAAGGACACUUUAUCUGCGGUAUAGACCAAAGGUGAAGUUUCUCUUCGGGAUAUGGCCCGUGAUCCUGGUUGAGCCACCCAAGAAACAUUUAUGAAAAGAGGUUCCAUGAAGAAAGCACAACUGCCCACUGCUGGCUUCGUUGCCUUGGGAAGAUAAUCCCAAGACUCUUCAAGCUUCCAUAUUAAAUAAUGUACCAGCCCUUAUGGUAAAAGGAGGCGUCUUUGACCAACACCACCAGGCCAGAAACAGAGUGAGAAGUGGGCGUACUGGGGACUUAGUGUGUCUUUCUCUCCCUUAUAGUGUCUAAAAGGACCCGAUGUGAUGUUCAUGUAUGUAUUGAAGUGCUGCAGAAAUUGGGCUUCUUUAAUGAGCUAGUCACUAGUCCUAGUCCAGUGGUCGCUGGACAGUGACCUUUUUCCCCUUUGAUGUGGACUGAAUCUGAUAACAUGUAACUUUUCUCUCUGAUUUCUAAAUGAAUAUGCAAUUGAAUAAUGGAAAUUGUUAACUGGAGUGGAGCCAGACUAAGUAUUUAUCCAGAUGCUUAAUAGUGAACAUAAUGCUUAGCUACAUCGCCCUUCAUUCAGAUACUUGUUGAAGGAAACUUAGAAGGUUUGUUGCCAAGGUGAAGGGGUCCAGCUGUAGGACUGGGUUCAGCUCCAUGCCUUGAACCAAGAGGUAGGACAUGUUGUCUCUGCUGUCAUUGGGAGCCAUGCAUUCUAGCUCACUCCUGCCACCACAGCCUGACAUCUGUCACUUCAUCCCCUACAGCCCAUUGUACAGGCACUUUCCACAUAUUGUUGACCUAUAGAGGGUCACAGAUUCACAGUGUCACUACUUACAUCACAACCAGGGCCCACCGUAACACUGGGGACACCCAUUAAUGUCAUUUUGGCCAAUGGCCCAAGUCACAAAUUGGUCAUCUGACAUUCUUCUGGCUAGUACUUAACCGCAGCAAUGUUAGUUACCUUCCUGUAACCCUUGGGAAUGUGGUUUCACCUUAUGAGGAAGCUGUGCCAAACAAAGCCCAGCACAUCAGGGUUCGAGCUGGAUAUUCAGGCUGUGAUUUCUUUUUCUUCCUCAAGCUAAUUAAAUGUAUCCACACUGUUGCCUCCAGCUCCUCCUAGUCUUUGUAGAUCCUCUUUACUUUUGCCUCCUGCUUGUGGUCUAAUCAAACAUGGAGCAGGUGUGCCUCUGCUCUAUCUAGCUUUAUUCCUGUGCUCCCAUUAUUUGCAGCUCCAGAAAAUAUCAGUGAAUGACAUACACUGGCUUUUAAAAGUAUUUGGUAAUCAUAAAUUCUCUAAGAGAUAUGAGACUCACAGUGAAAUUUGCAGGGGGUGAAAUCACCAGGAGCUUCUUGUGUGGAAAACACCUCCAUCUGCCUGCUCCUCUUUGCAUCUGAGGGAGAUAGGCCCACAGCUUGAGAACAGCCUGAGGCAGCACCAGAAGUGGAUUUCGCAGCGACAGGCAGCUCAUUCUUCUGGGAUUUGAAUGGGUGACCCCCAAAGUCAGCAGAAGGCUUACCUGCCAGGACACCUUUGCCUAAAGGGGUGUUAGCAAAUGAAUGGUAACAUGCUCGCUUCCUCAAAAGCUGGUACUCCAAGAGAGGAUCUUCUGGGUCCUCUUAUUCAAUCUAGUGGUUAAAGACCUUGACCAUUUUUACAGUAUUAAAUAAGUGACCUUAAGACAAAAUUAAAAGAAACCUAUUUCUGGUUUUGGGGAAUUUAUUUUAAAUGUUUUACUGGAUGACUUUUUGUUGCUUUUAAAGUUUUUAUUUUCGCAUUUUCACUCAUCCCAGUGGCCCUCAUUUUCUGCCCUUCAGUACAUCAGUGCCGCUUUCUUUCUCUUGGUCCAGUUCAUCAGCAGGUUGAGCCCUGUCUAGAUUUUGUUCAUUUUCCUUCCAGGAGACAAAACCUUAAACUUGAAUGUGAGAGGAAGCUUUGGCUCUGGUUCUCUGUGCCUUAGAAGGCUGAAACAUUGAAGAAUUCCACAUAACACAAGUCAUUUCUCUGCCUCCUGCCUUGGGAACACUGAAAAUUGCCUCUUCUAUCCCAUCUUCAGCUAAACAAAUGGUUAGCUCUUCUGGAUCUGUUCUUGAAAAGAGUUGUGGACUUAGAGUCAGAAGACCUGGGUCUGCCAGUUACUAGUCACCUUAGGCAGAUCACAUCCCUCCUCUGAGCCUCUCAGUAUUCAUAUCUGUUUAAUGGGAAUAAUGAUUAACUUACCCUUGCAGGGUUAUUGUGGGAAAACAUUUUGUAAACAGUAGAGCACCAUAUAAAUGUGAGCUACUUAUAUUA